UCUGAAUAUACUAGUACAAACGAUAGAUGCCUUCUUCUUGCUGCUAUAUAUCACCAGCCUUGUACCUAUAAAGCCAGCUGAGCUAGUUGCCUGCCCAUCAUCAUUCACUUCGACUUAACAUCAGUUGAUAAGCAGCAAGCAGGCUAGACGUACACAAUUAGCCAGGGUAGCUAGCCGCGUUGCUGUCAUGGCUCAAGUGUUGCAGGUGCGCCAUGUCCUCCAUCAGCUUCAGCUGCAGCUGCACCUGCUGCUGCCACAGGAAUCAGCAGCAGUAGUCUCCAUCGUCCUGCUCAUCAUCGUCUGUCCUCUUCUCGCCCUCCUGAUCCUGCGCCGCCCAUCGACGGCGGCCACCGCAAGAAGAGCCAGAGAGCAGCUGCUGAGCAAGCUGCCUUCGCCUCCCGGCAGGCUCCCCGUCAUCGGCCACCUCCACCUCGUCGGCUCCCUCCCGCACGUCUCCCUCCGUGACCUCGCCGCCAGGCACGGCCGCGACGGCCUCAUGCUCCUCCGCCUCGGCGCCGUCCCGACGCUCGUCGUCUCCUCACCGCGCGCCGCGCAGGCCGUGCUGCGCACGCACGACCACGUCUUCGCGUCCCGGGCCUACUCCCCCGUCACCGACAUCCUCUUCUACGGCUCCACGGACGUCGCCUUCGCCCCCUACGGCGAGCACUGGCGGCAGGUCAGGAAGAUCGCCACCACGCACCUGCUCACCACCAGGAAGGUCCGGUCCUACCGCCGUGCCCGCGAGCACGAGGUGAGGCUGGUCGUGGCCAAGAUCCGCGAGGCGGGCAGCGCCGUCGACCUGAGCGACCUGCUCAACUGCUUCACCAACGACGUCGUGUGCCACGCCGUGUCCGGCAAGUUCUUCAGGGAGGAAGGCCGGAACAGGCUCUUCCGGGAGCUCGUGGAGGCCAACUCGUCGCUCAUCGGCGGCUUCAACGUGGAGGACUACUUCCCGGCGCUGGUGAAGCUGGACGUGGUGAAGAGGAUGGUGUGCGCCAAGGCCCGGAAGGUGAACAGGAUGUGGGACGAGCUGCUCGACAAGCUCAUCGAUGACCAUGCGAGCAGGCCAGCGCCGGAACGCGACGGCGAGGAGAGCGACUUCAUCGAUGUGCUGCUCUCUGUGCAGCAAGAGUACAAGCUCACGAGAGACCACAUCAAGGCGCAAUUGGCGAUCAUGUUCGAAGCUGGCACGGAUACGUCAUUCAUCGUCCUGGAAUAUGCCAUGGUUGAGCUCAUGCAAAACCCUCGCCUCAUGACCAAGCUACAAGCCGAGGUGAGAAGCAGUAUAGGCAAGGGUAAAGACAUGGUUACCGAAGAUGAGCUCAACAAUCUAGCCUACUUGAAGGCAGUCAUCAAAGAGACACUCCGGCUCCAUAUGCCGGCACCACUCCUCGUGCCGCACCUCUCGAUGGCCGACUGCGACAUCGAGGGCUACACGAUACCGGCGGGGACGCGCGCCAUCGUCAACAGCUGGGCUCUUGCAAGGGAUCCAAACCAUUGGGAGAAGGCGGAGGAGUUCAUGCCAGAGCGGUUCAUGGAAGGCGGUAGCGCUGCAGCGAUGGACUAUAAGGGAAACGACUUCCUCUACUUGCCAUUCGGGACAGGGCGGAGGAUAUGCCCUGGUAUAAACUUUGCGACUUCCACCAUCGAAGUCAUGCUAGCGAACCUUGUCUACCACUUCAACUGGGAGCUGCCACCAGAAUCAGCGGAGAAAGGCAUCGAUAUGACCGAAGCAUUCGGGGUGACCGUGCACCGGACAGAGAAGCUCCUCCUUGUCCCCGUAGUGCAUGCCUCAUCUGUAGUUAGGUAGUCCUGGCCUAAACUUCCUAUAUAUAUAAUAUAAUAUAAUAUAAUAUAAUUAAUAAUAUCGCAAAUGGAAGUGUU